AUGUCUCGCGCCGCUCCGCUCGUGGCCGCCGCCUCCCCUGUCAAUCCCGCCGCCUCCCCUGUCAUCCCGCCGCCCGCACCACCGCCGCCACCGCCUCGCGCCUCGCCGCCGCCGCCACCGACCGCCCUCCCGCCUGCGCCGCUGAGCGCGCGCCCGGAGGUCAUUCAAAAGUUCCGUGACGGCGACCUCUGCGACGUCGAGCUUCAGCCAGCCUACGGGCCAGCCGUGCGGGCACACAGAAUCAUCCUGGUCGGAGUGAGCCAAUACUUUAAGGCGCUCUUCUCGGGCACGUGGUCGGGAAGCGGUUCGCACGAUCUCUCUGCCCUCUCUCCCGCUUGCCUCCACGCCUGCCUCGAGUUUGCGUACACCGGCGAGGCGGAGGUGGCGGAUGAGGCGGCGCUUUCCGAGUUGGUUGAGGGCGCAUCGUACUUGCAGAUGGACGAGCUACUGGUCUCAGCGUCGGAGGCGUACGAGGCGCGCCUCUCCGCAAAAAACGCCCUCGCCGUCUGGCAGCUUGCAGAGGCGAUCGGGCGGCUGCCGCGGCUCGCAGAGGCGUCAGCCUGGGUGGCGAGAGUAAACUUUGGCGAG